AUUUUAGUAUGACAUUACAUGACUUCGGUCGUUUUGUGACAUUUUUUUGUAAAUGUAUGUAGAGUUUCUGAAUAUACUUAGAUAAAGUAGAUUAUUUAUUCUGAUUUUCACAUACCGAUAGUGAAUAUCCUUAAAUCUAUUUCUGUAUUAAGCCAGUGUUGACCUUUAUCAUUCAUGGCGAUGCUGCCUCCGCGGUCAUGUGAUACUUUUAUUGUGCUCCCACCGUUGUCAAGGGAGGGAGCCGUCAUCUUCGGGAAGAACUCUGACCGGCCGCAGAAUGAGGUGCAAGAAGUCGUCUUUUACAAAGGAGGGCUCAGAGAACCAACUAAGCUUAAGUGCACCUACAUAGUAAUUGAUGAAAGUACAGAACCGUUGAAUUCCAUAAUUCUAAGUAAACCAGCUUGGAUGUGGGGAGCUGAGAUGGGGGCGAAUGAUAAAGGCGUUGUCAUUGGCAACGAAGCCGUGUGGACUAAAUACAACGACGGUGACGGGGACGCCCGCCAACGGCGACUGCUGGGGAUGGAUUUCGUCCGCUUGGGUCUCGAGAGAGGUAAUUCAGCUGAAGAUGCUUUGAAUAAGAUCACUGCUCUUCUUGAACAAUAUGGCCAAGGUGGACCAUGCUCUGAACUAGAUGACAGCCAUUUCUACCACAACUCAUUCCUAAUUGCUGAUACGGACCAGGCUUGGGUUUUAGAGACUAGCGGAAGGCUGUGGGCAGCGGAGAAAAUCGAGUCUGGCGUCCGAAAUAUAUCCAACGGCUUGACUAUUACCACAAAAAUAGAUAAAAGCUCCGAAAAUUUAAAAGAAAAUGCGAAAGCCAUGGGAUUAUGGGAUGGUAAGGGCGAAUUCAAUUUCACGGAAUGUUUUUCAUCUGGCGGUGACGAGACCAGGCAGAAGGAAGGAGAAAGACUUCUAAAGGAGAAGUGCGCUACAUACAUACCGUUCUACGUUAGAUUCAUGUUCGAUAUUUUGCGACACAAAGAAAGUCGCAUCUGCCGAGGCUGUGAAGACACUUUCCCUACCCAGGGCAGUCAGGUUUCUUUCCUCAGACCCAACACCCUGGGGAUCCACUGGUUCACUGGUACGCCUGAUCCCACCGUGUCUUUAUUUAAACCAUUUAUCUUCACUCCCAACCCCAGGGUGUCGCCGCACUUGAUAAGCCCUAACGAGCCAAAAAGAGAGCACUACUUAUAUAAAGUGCAUGCCAAAUACAUUGGAAAAGUAAAUCUGGAUAAUUUAAAACACGCAUUUUGGGAAAUGGAGGAAGAGUCCAUUAAUAAAUCGACAGAUUUUUUGGAAGACGUGACAUCCGGGCUCGCUACCAUCGAGCAAUAUGACAACCUGUUGGAGGAUUACGUGUCCGCAGAAAUCAGAAUGCUAACGAAAAUGUAAAGGACUAUGAAAAUACCUCUUAAACUAAUUUUAUAGCUGCAAUGCAAACCAACUAAGGUUGCGAGAACGACAGAAAGCUUUGUAUGUUCGCUUCUUGUUCGUAUAACGGAUAUAUAUAUUUUAGUGUAUGUGCUAAGUGAGACUGCGAUAUUGUAUUUAGUACCAUAAAUGGUCAACUGAGUGUCAAAACUGUUCCGAAUUGAUUAAAAAGGUUAUAGGUAUAUUAGGGGAUAAAUGUGGUUGCAUACGGUUAUAAGAAUUUUGGGUGUAUUUUUUGUUCUAAAGAACCAUUUAUGCUGAAAUUGUUGUAUGCUUAGUAAGCAAAACACGUCUAAGUAGGUAGCUUUAAAUGUUGGAUAUGUGUAGCGCACCUUGUAGUGUUUACAUUUUGUAUUAGGUACACAUAUUUUAAUAUCGAUAGGUACUAUAAUAGGUAUACGUUAUAGACUCGGAAAAGCUGGUUUCACACUAGCGAUUUUUCUCGCCGAUUUCUCAGCGGAGUGAUACCGCGGCGAGUACGAGGCGGGACGCGGCGAGCUCGAUGCGAUAUCACUCCGCCACUAAAAAUCGCUAGACUGAAAGAGCCCUUCAUCCUUUUCAAAAACAAAUAACUGUGCAAUAUUAGUGUAACUAUCUAGUAGAACCAUGCACAUAAAGUAUUCAAAUUAUUCACAUUUUAAACUAUUGUACUAUAAUUGUAAGUUUUAAAACGAUAUAAUCAUGAAUGUAUUAUUAAUUCCAUUUUAUAAUCGAAAUAAAUAAAUUAUACGUAA